ACUCUUUUGAAUUUGUUUUUCUAAAUAAUUCUCCUUCCCAUUACAGGUAAUCCCAAAAGUCUACUGCCAAUGCCCGUGGAAGACUCAUCAAUGCGCCGCUCGUGCUCGCUCAGCGACUUGCAUAUGGGAAUUAGCGGCAACAUGGGUAAAUCUGGAAAAUCCAAUGGUAGUCAAUUGAAAAAUCCAGGCGUUGUUUAUCGUAAUAGCACAGCGACAAGGUCUGCAAGCAAGCGCAAUAGUCUACAACUGAAAAGCUCGACUGGUUUGGGUGCAUCGAGUUCAUCGAUUGGUGUACUAAAUCAAGCGAGUGAUUCUGAAAAUGAGGACAACAAUCGUGGUCGCAGUAGCGGAAGUAACUCAAAUCGUACUAAUGGACCUACCGCCGCCAAUCGUCAGUAUGCAAACAAGAAUUCUAACACAAAUAACAAUCGGCGAAAAGGUUUACAGCCGAAUUUCAGCAAUGCCGCUCCACUGCAAGACGAUUCCAGCUCCGAAGAGACGCCGGGCGGUUCGUCCAACUCCAAACCAAUAGUGCCACCACGCCCGCGUAAUUUAACUUUCGAUCAUAAAAGCAAAGUGCUCAACAGUCCAAAUGUAAUGAAGCAACGUGGCGUAUUUGAAGCGCCUGAAUUUGGCGCACUAGAAAGUUCUGAUCCGAAAUCACAAGUGCACAACGUGAUUAACAAUUUAUAUACAACAACACAAACGGUCAUGCAACUGCAUGCGAAUCUAAAGAAUUGUGAGGAUUCAUUAAUGUUAAAGGAACUGGAGAAUGCUGUGAUUAUGACGCAAAAUAUGUUAACAAACAUUACACAAAAUAAAAAUGACAAAACUCACUCACAACAUAGUCACGCCUAUACAACCACAGAACAGGCGAAUCUGGACAACGGCGACUACUUGAUGAUGGUCAACAAUUGCGCCGAUCUUCUAAGUAAUUUUCGUAUGAAGCACAAAUUGGACGACUGUGAGAAUAACUCCUAGUGUAGUAGUAGCAACACUAGCAGCGAUUGAGAAUUUAGCGUUUAAUUAAAUACACAACAAAUAAAGAACGAGACGAGAAACCAAGCAGCAAAGAGAAAUGAAUAACAAAUAUGCAACUAAACUAAUUAACACAGACACAACUAACUAUACAUGAGAAAGGAAAUGAAAAGCAAGCAAAUAUGUAGAGGAUAACGAUGAACGUGGAACUGAGAGCGUCUGAAUGUGUCAACUCCAUUUUGGAGAAUUACUAAUAAUUUAAUUAUCAAAUACCUAUAUGUAAUUAGCUAUAAUAAAAAAAUAGAAAUAAUAAUGUCAUUAGAAUUUGUAAGUGCGAAAAUGCAGCAUAUUUCCUGCUAUGUGCGCGACAAUGUAGUUGUAGCUAGAAGACAAAAGCAGCAAAUAUAAAUAAAAGCGAAAUUUUAGCUAAAAACAAGUGUAACGUAAACGUAAUUAAAAGCUGAAAGAGCAAUGCGGAAGUGACUUGCUUAAAACAUAAAGCUUACAAACUAACUAAUUUUUCUUAACAAGCUGUUAUAUUCUGCCUUAUUUUACACACACACAAAUACAUACAUAGCAAGUAACAUAUACACACACGAAUCCAAAAUUGUAUAUGUAAUGUAUCUACUCUGUAUUCGUUUGAACCAGAAAGAAUUUGUAACUUGUUUGUUGUUAAGUUUGCAGCCAAUGUUUUGUAAGUUUUGUUAAGUGCUUACUUAGCCUUAAGUGUGACGCUAAUUAGUUAAAUUUAAUUUGUAAUAACUGUAAAUGUAUUUGUAUUUGGUUUGCUCAAUUGGCUUAAAUGGAGCAACAAUGCUCACUCACCUACACGCGUGUGGAGAGUACUUGCUACAUACAUACAUACACCCGUACAAAAUUUAAGUGCGAUUAAUGUUAAUUUCGAUUGUUUGUUAGUUGCCUUAACACUUAAUUCGUAAUAAGUUAUGUUUAUAUAGUUAAAUUUAAGUCACAUUUGCUGUAACAGAGUGUUGUUGUUUAUUUGAUAGCAACAAAAUUUGCUUGACUCAAAAAAGCAAAGCAAAUGCUAGAAAAUGUGUUGUUUUGAAAAGCAAAGAUGAUAACAAUAAUAUAAUCAAUACAGUACAGUCUUUUGGAAUAUUGAUAAAGAGAAAAUGCCAAAUUUUGUGUAAAAUUUAUAACAGAAAAUUAAGUAGCGUUUGAGGUGAAUUUGCAAAUGUUUUUGCUGCGAUAAUAUUUAGGUUGUAAAAACUUUUGCUAAGUGUCAAUUGCUUAUAAAAUUAGUUGAAAAGUUGAGUGCUGGUGGGCAAAAAUGGAAGGACAACAAGAGCAAAGAGUGUCGAGGAAGUUAAACGCUUGCAAAUGUUUUUUAAAGGCAAACUUUUUUGCAACUUGGUGUGGAUUGGUUUUGAAAAGACAAUAUUUUUUGCCCAACAGAUGACUAUUUCAAAAUAUCGAUGCCUUUUUCGUUUGGUCAUCUGUAAACACUUUUAAGUGUAUUAUGUGUGCGUGUGUAUUUUGCCUGGCGCUGAUAUAAAGGCAUACAAUUUGUUGAUCUACUAACCGAUAUAUAAUACCCAAUUUCCACCAGACCAUAAAAUGGCGCGAAGGUUCCAAAAAGAUUUAGGGCCGUUAACUUAUCUAUUUUAAAGUAUGGUUCUAAUGAUUUUUACUACAGAAAGAUCUGUGUCUUAUUAUUUUAAAAAUGUCAUCUGGAAAAUACCUAUUUACUUUUUUUAACACAAUUGCAUCGGCAUUUUUUAAAUACCAAAUUUAUUAUUAAAAAAUUUGUAAUUUAAAGUAUGCGUGGAAACCUGGCAUAUGAGUUCUUAACAUAAACUUUUCUUGAAGCCUUGAAAGUAAUCCAAACUAUUAGAGUAGACAAGGGUUAUCGAUGGAAAAUUUAGAGCAAAAUAUGUCCGCAAAUUCUGCCCUCGACCUAGUGAAACCCAGCUUUAGCCCAAAAAAUUAAGAUCGCCUCGAAACGCUCUAAAAAAAAAAAAUUACCUACAGUAGAGCAUUUCUUAUCCGUAUUAAUUUGAAUUUGGUGACAGCUUGAGUAUAGGGAAUUUUUGCUACUGACUUAUAUAAUUCAGCUCUAGGUUUUUUGAAUCACAUUUUCAAUUUCAAAAAUGCUCCCCAGCCAAAGUCUAGCUCUUUUUCCAUUUUAGCCUUCGUAAAAAAUAUAUUUGCAAGCGUAUAAACUCCUCACACUUGAUGGCUACAGUAGUAGAGUUGUGGAAAUAUGUAGAAUAACUCGCAAUGUACUUAGCCGGGGUCUGAAUCUAAAACUGAAGUCAAAUAAUGUCUGGGUUGUUUUAAGGUUAGAAAGAAAUAUUGAGCCAACUUUUGAUUUCCGACUGCAGAGAUGGAUUUAGCGUGCCAAAUUUUUGAGGCAUUGGCUAGGAGUAGCGUUCGUUUUUGAAAGAGCCACCAAAAGCAUUCAUGCACUCUACUUCAACAGCCAAAAAAAUAAAUAAUGAAAGUGUGUUACGAAAUUUUUCUUUCACUGCUUUUACUGCAAUAGUAUUCAUUUUGCUGCUAAUGAAAGUUAUGAUCUUCCUGAACACUUGAAUGAUGAAGGCACGUAAAUACCAAACAAUUAAACAGAAAAAGUAGUUAUCUGCCAAAAUUAAAAAAAAAAAACAACAACUAAGAGUUCAUAUAAAAUGCGCCUCUACGUAAGGGUUUCCAUUUACAUGUUUUAUUAAACUAGUAGUUUUCAUGAAAAUCUGUAAUUAUCCAAACAUACUACAUAGGUAUUUACGUAUAUAAAUAAUGUACUGUAUUGUAUUGUAUUGUAUUGAACAUUAAUAAAUAUAAUUUAUACCUAAAGCUAUGAUUAUAAUUAUACAAAUAUUAUCAUUAGUAGGCUUUAAUCAACCAUUUAACUACUAACCACUUACUACAAUUAAAUUAAGAGCGUGAAAAAUGUUUCGUAGUCUAAACUUAAUUAAAACUUUAACAAUAAUUUUAAUUUAAUCACUAAACUUAAACACAAAUGCGUUGUAUUGUAGUCCAACUAGUAAGAAAAUAAAUUUCAAAUUAUACAUACAAACAUACAAACAUAUUCUACAUACAUAACUAUUACACAAAGCUGACAAUUACGUUUAAUUACUUAAUUAUUGCUGCGUGACAAAAAUAGAAAGCUACGAGUAUAUUGUAUUGUAAUGUAAUCCUAAUAAAAAGACACUAAUUAAAUUAAUAAUUAAAUAAUAAAAAUAGCAAUAAAAUAUGCAA